AGCCCGACCCAAACCCGGAAUUAUCCCUGUCGCAGCAUCGCUUCAACUCUGUGUGCAAAAUUGCAAGCCCUAAAAAAUAAGGCUAAAACCCUUUCGACUCCGUUGAUUGCAAUUGGGAAGCGGUUGGAGCAGACGAUAGAUCUCAAUUCGAGUCAUCGCCAUACCAUGAAAAGGCCAAUGCCAUGGGCAUGGAGUGAUGGCGAGGAUGACUCAUCAUCUGAUGAUUCUUCAACCUUGGAUACAGACAAAGAAGCCAAUGAUGGGUCUAACAAGAAAAACAACACGAAGAUUAGCGGUACCCCUAGUCAACCCUCCAAAGGGAAAGCAUCUCGAGUUGAUUCCGGAAAACGAAAAAGCAAGGGUGUAGACUUUGAAGCUUUGAGUCGACAUGGCUAUAAAGGCGGACCAUCUAUCUUGGGUGUGCCUCCUCCAAAAGAGGCCAACCAAAAUCAAGAUUGGUCUUGGUCUACUGGGAAGGAAAGUCGUGCAGCAAAUGAGUCGGAAGAAACUUUUGAAGAACGACGAAGAACCAGAGAUGCAAUUAUUGAAGGCGAGAACCUAACCCAUGUGCAAACUCAGAAAGACAAAAAGAACACUUCAUUUUCACAGAAGGAAAAGAGGAAGAGAGAUAUUGGCCAGGCUAGUCGCGGAAAGAGUUAUGUUGAGGAAGAGAAGAGGUUGCUAAGGGACAGUGGUGUUUAUUCUGGUUUUGAUUCCUAAUACGAGAUUGUAUCCCUGAUGAGUCCUUUGCAUUGGCAAUAUUAAUGAUACAUUUAGGAGGAGAAUGUAUUGUUGGAAUAGUUGUUGAUUUUAUCGAACACACCACAGCCCUGAUCUGAA